CUCUGUGAAAGGGCGGGAAAGGCGGUUGAACAGGGAGGGGCGAACGGUUACUCACUCCAUGGCUGCGGAAAAGAGAGGCGGCGAAGGCAGCGGCGGCCUCGUUUGAAGAGAGACGGUGGAAGCAGAGAGCGCAGGCGCGACACCUCCCCAAGGUUGCAGACACCAACGGAUUUGCCUUGGAGCCGAAGCAGCUGUUGUCACGAGAGUCUGCAGCCAUGAGCGGGUUUAAUUUUGGAAGCACCGGGGCCCCUACUGGUGGGUUCACAUUUGGCACUGCAAAGACAUCGACCACCACACCCUCGGCUGGGUUUUCUUUUUCUACUUCCAGCACCGGAGGGUUUAAUUUUGGGACUCCCUCGCAGCCUGCUGCAACAACCCCUUCCACUGGCCUCUUCUCACUUACUACCACCCAGGCUUCAGCUGCACCAGCCACACAGGCCCCAGCUGCACAGGCACCAGGGUUCAGUUUCGGUACAGCCACUCCUGCUUCCGGAGGAAUGGGCUUUUCCUUGGGGAUCAGCACCCCAAAGCUAAACUUGACCAACUCAGCUGCAGCUCCAGCCACCGCAAGCACCAGCAGCUUUGGGCUUGGCAGCAGCACCCUCACCAAUGCCAUCUCAAGUGCCGUCACCUCCAGCCAGGGUACGGCCCCCACUGGUUUUGUGUUUGGUGCCUCUACCACCUCCGCUCCAUCCACUGCCUCUGCAGGCUUCUCGUUCACCACAGGCAGUACAUCCCAGCCGGGGACCUCUGGCUUCAGCAUUGGCUCCAUUGGCAACUCAAGCUCAGCCCAGCCCACAGCACUCACUGGCUUGCCCUUCACUCCAGCAACCACUGCAGCGGGAGCCACACAGCCUGCCAUUGCUGUACCUGCUGCUACUACCACCAGCACAGGGUCCACACUUUUUGCCUCCAUAGCAGCUGCUCCCACCUCAUCUGCUGCCACAGGACUCUCGCUGUCCACCCCAGCCUCCACUGCUGCAGCUCCUGGGGCUGGGACACUGGGUUUCAGCCUGAAGGCUCCUGGACAAGCUGCUAGUACCUCCACUGCUGCCACCACCACCUCUGCUACCUCCACCACCACCAGCUUUGCCCUGAGUCUAAAACCCCUGGUGCCAGCUGGCAUCCCCAGCAGUACAGCAGCCACCGGCACCACCCCAUCUGGCACCAGUGCAGUGGCUGGGACCACCGCCAGCCCCACAAUGACCUAUGCGCAGCUGGAGAGCCUGAUCAACAAGUGGAGCCUGGAGUUGGAGGACCAGGAGCGGCACUUCCUGCAGCAAGCCACACAGGUUAAUGCAUGGGACCGUACGCUGAUUGAGAAUGGUGAGAAGAUCACCAGCCUGCACCGUGAGGUAGAGAAGGUGAAGCUGGAUCAGAAGAGGCUAGACCAAGAACUGGACUUCAUCCUAUCCCAGCAGAAGGAGCUGGAGGACCUGCUGAGCCCACUGGAGGAAUCUGUGAAGGAGCAGAGCGGGACCAUCUACCUGCAGCAUGCUGAUGAAGAGCGGGAAAAGACCUACAAGCUGGCCGAGAACAUCGAUGCACAGCUCAAGCGCAUGGCACAGGACCUCAAAGACAUCAUUGAACAUCUGAACACAACCGGAGGUCCUGCCGACACCAGUGACCCGCUGCAGCAGAUUUGCAAGAUCCUCAAUGCACACAUGGAUUCACUGCAGUGGAUUGACCAGAACUCAGCUCUGCUUCAGAGGAAGGUGGAGGAGGCUAGCAGGGUGUGUGAGGGCCGGCGCAAAGAGCAGGAGCGCAGUCUGCGUAUUGCCUUCGACUGAGACUGGAGGGUGAGGCUGUGGUGUUUCCUUUGGGUUUAAGGCAUGCUUGCUUUUUUCUUUAGGAUGACUGUGCUGCUGAGAGGACUAUUCUGUUAGCAAUAAAAAGUUUUCUACUGAGAUAUGGUGGCUCGUGACUAAGGAAGAAGAGGAUCACAAUAGAAAAUACUGUCUCUAGUCCAGGCAGGAUCCUGGUGUGUGGCUUCGUGGCCUGUUUUAUCUGUGUAUCCUUGGCCCAGGACAUCUGUUGCAGCUGCCCACUUCAUCCUCUACCUCCAGCCAAGGGACAGCACUGCUGUGAGAAAGACAGGCUAAAUAUUGUCUGCAGAGCAGCUGCAUAGUCUCAGGACAGGGUGUACACUUGUGAAAUUCCUGGGACACAGAAAUCAUGGCUAGGAUGGAAAGCUCCAGAGGAGAUGGUGGCUGUCCUGGGUCCCGUGGGACACUGAAUCACCAGCUGGGCUGUUUGGAGCCAAUUGCUUCUCUCACCUGUAGAUGGUGAACUGGCAAGGGCUGCCUUUUCCCUGUGUGUUCCCAGCUUGGUGACAGCCCACAGAAAUGACUGCUGAAGUGGCCUCAGGGCCAAAGGUAGCCACACAGGUUUGUUUCUGAACAUCCCAGUGCCACAGCUAGCUUAAUUACAGUAAGAUCUCUGGGGUCACGAAGACCAAAGCCAGCCGUCUGUAUCCAGUGUCUUUUGUCCUCUGAAUGCCUAAUUGUAUGUUUCUUUCCUAAAUAAAUAAAGUGUGUUACAAAACCA